AUGGUGAAGGAGGUACACGAUGAAGGGUACGCAGUCGUCGCACGCUCGGACGUUGAGGCGGCUCAGGCCGAAGCAAGCAGCAGGUCCGCACACCAGCCCAAGCAAGCGCGGAACCAGACGGCAUUCUUCAUGGCCCUUGCGAUAGGAUCCAUUGCCUCAGCGCUGGGUUUUUCAACGCUUCAGGAGAAGGUGUUCAACAUCCCGGGCUUCACGUACGGCGGCUGGAUGACCUUCAUCACCUACCUGACGUACUCGGCGUGUGGCCUGGCUGAAUCAACUGUCACCAGAAGCUUCAAACGCAAUGCCAGUCUAAGGGACUAUGCGCUCAUUUCCAUUCUCGCCAUGGCGGGCGCCUACUUCACCAACUGGGCCCUCAACUACCUCAACUACACCACCCGCAUCGUGUUCAAGUCGUGCCGUGUCAUACCGGUCAUGGCAUUUAGGAGUCUGGUUGUGGGUCAGCGGUACAGCGCCCUCCAGUACGGUGCGGGCGCCCUGCUGGUGGUAGGCAUCAGCUUGUUCACCGCGGGGGAUGCGGAGGGAGCGCCAAAUUUCAGCGGAGUGGGAGUGGCGCUCAUUGCGGUGGCGCUGCUGUGUGACGCCCUCACGGCCAACUUGGAGGAGCGGCAGUUCUUCCGCAUCCGCACUCCCGCCAGCCACGCGGAGGUGAUGACGUACUUGUCUCUCUUUGCGGCAUUGGAGUCAUUUCUGGUGCUGUUAGCCACUGGUGAGCUUCAGGCCGCCCUGGCUCACUCCUCCCUGCACCGGGAGACGGUUCCCACCAUUUGUGCCUUCUCCGUACUGGGCUACGUGACGGUGUGUUUGGUGUUGCUGCUCAUUAAGCACUUUGGAGCUACGAGUGCGGAGGUGGUCAAGUCCAUGCGGAAGGUGUGCCAGGUGAUUCUGUCCUUCCUGGUGUUCCCUAAGCCCAUGAGCUGGAAGUACGUGGCGGGCGGGGCGCUGGUGGCGGUGGCGCUGUACGCCCUGCAGCGAACCGGCAAGAAGCCCGUCGGGGCGGAUGCCAAGGAGAAGGACAGGGAGGGGAGAAAGUUAGGCGGGGGCGGGGGCAACGCCGCGGUUCCCCCGGCGGGCGCAGGAACGGGGACGGGGGCGGGGACGGGGGAUCAUCACGCUGGGGGCGGUGCCGUCGGGUCGGGUUAG